AUGCCAGGCGAACACCUACGUGACAACGUCUCCGGGUCAAGAAACCGUCACCCGUGGGAAGAUCCAUCUUCGUGGGCCUUCGCGCAGCAGAUGUGUUCUGGCAAUACACCCUACUCCGCCGCGCUCCAGCCCUAUUAUGGCCUUGUCACCCUUUUGUCACUGGGAAGUAGCAUCAAGCAAAUUCUCCACAUGGUGUUUAUCUCCGAGCAGGCCAUGGAUGUAGGCUCUGCCUUUACCAUCGCCCUGUUCAACACCAUCUUGAAUACCAUCAACACCCUCCUCUCUCUCUGGGCUGUGACAUCCCCCGUUACACCGGUCCUUGAUUCAUCGAGUUUCAUCAAUACACUCCUCUCUCCCCCAGUUGCUGUUGGUGUAGCUGCCUAUGCCAUCGGGCUAUCGGUUGAAGCUAUCUCAGAGUUCCAGCGCAAGGCUUUCAAGCAGGAUCCCAGAAAUAAGGGAAAACCAUAUGGUGGAGGUCUUUUCUCACUGGCCACGAAUAUAAACUACGGUGCUUAUACUGUCUGGCGAUCUGCGUAUGCGUUGACCUGUGGCGGGUUUGUCUGGAGCGCGACGACUUUUGCUUUCUUCUUCCGUGAUUUUGCUACCCGUGGUGUGCCAGUCUUGGACGAGUACAUGACUCAGAGAUACGGUGAUGCAUAUCGCGAUAUUAAAUCUCGUGUACGAUAUUCUUUGAUACCUGGCAUCUACUAG